AUGACACAGACCAAGGAGCAUAUCCAUCAUGGACUACAGAAGUUGUUCAAGAAAGAUGAGGUGCCAGCAGGAGCUCUAGCUGCGUCAGAAUCAACUUCAUCUUCCCACACGGGGCUCUCCAAACUAUUCCAUCAUCAUCAUAGCAACAAGGACAAAGAAGCACCAUCACCAGCACCACUGCCGGCUCCGGCACCACUGCCGCAAGGGCCAAAACGCACGGCAUCGAUGUUUUCACUAAAACGUAAAAACACCAACCCAUUGAAUAUGAAUAGCUCGGCCAACGAAAGCCGGUCGCGAAGCAACUCUGCUGUGCAACAACCUACUCAGCAGCUGCAACUACAUCAUCCUCAACCUCACUCUCCGCACGUGGGACCGGCUGCGGGACACAAGAAACUUUCGAAAGCGGAAACUUUUGCUCAUUUGCAACAGUUGGAUACCAGAAACGCCGCAAAGCAGCAAUUGAGAAAUAGCCGCAUCCCUACUAACCAGGGUAAUAAUGGUUCUCCCGCUGUGAAUUCACCCGGGUUGCUCAAUCACGAAAAGAUUGUUUAUAAUCCCUAUGGGUUGAACAAGUCCCCCACCGUGGAACAGCCUCGCCAUGCAAGUUUUUAUCUCUCGGGUGUGAUUGAUGGAGAACGGGUCUUGUCCAAUCCAGUGGCCAAUCCUAAUGACUAUCUUCCUCCUAAUUUGCAACAAGCACAUAAUAAUUUGUUGGAAGAUUUUGAAAUUGAUGUUAGCAGCAAAAAAUUGGGAGAUGGAGGCUCGGCCGAUGUCAGAAUCAUCAACUCGGCAAGCCAUAAAAAGGACUUUUAUGCUUUGAAAAAAUUUACAUUGUUGAACAAGGAAACCGACGAGGAUUUUUAUAAACGGGUGCUGAAGGAGUAUAUUAUCCACCGCAAAGCAGCAACGUCUCGACACGUUGUUGACGCCAUGGCCUUGCUACGUAUCCAAAGCCAAGGCGCUUUAACGCGAGGCUGGGGUGUCGUUAUGGAGUAUUGCAGUUGCGGAGACUUGUUCUCCCUCAUUACUAGACCCGGUUGGAAGCUGGCUCCCUUUGCUGAAAAAUACUGUUUGUUCAAGCAAAUAUCAUUUGGAUUAAAAUUUCUUCACGAACAAGGCAUUGCUCAUCGCGAUAUGAAGACGGAAAAUAUCUUGCUAGACGCCAAUGGAGUUGCUAAAUUGUGCGAUUUUGGUGUCAGUGAUUAUGGCCACGAAAUACCGGACGACUUGAAGAGCCCCGUGAAAAUGUCUACCUCGUAUGUUGGGUCGCCACCUUAUUCAGCGCCAGAAGUAAUGCUUUUAAAAGACAAGAGCCACUCUGAAGCCAAGAAUUUCGCUUACAACAUGUUCAAAGCCGAUUGUUGGGGGUUGGGAAUGAUUUUAUUCUGUCUUGCUUACGCGGGUGUUCCCUUUCAACAAGCCAGCGUCAAUGACCAUCAGUACCGCGACUAUCAGUUUAGCCACAAGAGAUUUUCAUCCGAUCAUCCUAAUUUCAAAAACAACAAGGGUAUCAACAAAGGUCCCGGCUCGGAGUUUAAAUGGGCUGCGAAAUUCGAAAGCACGGGGGCUUCCCGCGUCGCUUGGAAAUUGUGUGACCCAACGGUUUCUUCGAGAUACACUUUGGAUAUGUUGGUUGAGGACCCAUGGUUUGUCGGAUUGGAAAUGUGCAUAUUCGAAGAUCCGGAUCAAGAAGUGAACCCAUUUGUCUUGCCUGGUACUGGUGAAAAUGCACCUUUGUCUCCGGGACUGGGCACUUCUUCAGCUGCAAACUCACAAGCUCCUUCAAGAAGGUCAACUUUCGUGGGCAGAAACAGCCAUGUCAAUAACAACAGCAUCGACAACAACAACAGCAAUAACAGCAACAGCAGCAACAACAUUAACAUUAACAUUAACAGCAACAGCAACAGCAAUAACCACAACGGCAAUAACAACAACACCAGCGGUGUAUCUCAAGAAGCUUACGAUAGCAGCUACGAUGAGUCGAGCCAGAUCAACAAUUCAUUCAAGAGCAUGCUAGACUUGAACGAAGUUUCAGAAAGGAUGCAAGAACACAACAAUAACAUCAGCAGCAACUCCGGCGCCAAGAAUCCGGCUUCAGUCUCGUCUAGUAAUGCAUCGGUGCAUUCCAAUGAAAGCACACCAAAAGUGCGCUCGAUGCUAGAUAUGGCUGGAGGAAACAACAGCAACAAUGCAUCAGUUUCCUCGUCGCCUCAAAUCCAAGCACAACCACAAGCACAGCCUCAGCAUUCAUCACCCAGCAACAACAAAAUGCCCGCUUUGGAAGAGAGCGAUAUCGAGCAUGAACCAGAGUCGAGACAAGAAAUGUUGGAGCAGCAACAGUUGACACCACAACGGCAGCCACAUGGAGGCCAUGUGCCUCCAUCACCUUCAUCCUUGACCAACUAUGACUCUUUUCCCUUGCCGCCGCCAGCAGUGCAAAGCGAUUCACUUCUGUCCAUGCCUGAAUGUGAUGGCGAGAAGCCUGGCGAUGCGAGUGUUUAUUCACUUGCUGAGCUAAAGCAUAAACCAUUGAGGAGCAUCAGUGAUUUGAAAUUGAGUAAUGAUGGCACUUGUUGCUUGGGUUAUAAGUUAAGGAAACAUCACCACUGCGACGUUAGUAAAGUUGCUAAUAAAGCUAUAAAAAGGUGA